UUCUUCUAUACUCAAGUAUUUCGUGUUGGCUAUACUUGAUUUAGAGUUUACUUAAAUCGUAUAUUCGUAUAUAUGUAUACUGCCGUUUAGCUUUUAGCUUUUGAAAGUAUACUUUAGUUCAGUAUCCUUCCACACGUAGAAAAAAAAAUCGUUUUAAUUUCCUAUAUUUUUUCACUUUGCGAAAUUGGUGAAUUUGAACUAACCUUCAAAAAAUAGAAUUCAUAUACGGGCGUUUAUUUUGAAGAUAAAUAAAUAACCAGACAUACUGAAUCAUGCCUUGCCACGAAGGAGAAAUUGUCGUUUUUCCGUCAGUCAACGAAACAGACAGACAGACAGACACAGACAGCCAAGAUAAAGACGUUGAUCUUGAGACCAGAUUCCCCGAUGGCUCCGUCCGCCUCCGGAACCCCCACGUCAGCCAAAUGGAGCAGGAUGUCCUCUACCACCUCGCCCUCGGCUCCGGUUCGCAUGACCUCGUCGAGAUGUUCAGCGAUGUCAAGUUCGUGUGCAUGGGAGGGACGCCCAAGAGGAUGGAGGGAUUCGCCUAUUACAUCAUGGAUGAGAUUGGAUACAAGUUACCCGCUGGAACGACGCUGUUGGAUAUUUCCUAUCAAUCUUAUCGGUAUUCGAUGUUUAAGGUCGGCCCGGUGCUUUGCUUCUCCCACGGCAUGGGCAUCCCUUCCGUGGGCAUCCUCCUCCAUGAAGUGAUCAAACUCAUGUACCACGCCAAGUGCAAGGAUCCCAUUUUCUUCCGCCUGGGCACGUGUGGGGGCAUUGGCAUCGAAGGGGGGAACCUCGUUAUUUCCGAAAGUGCGGUCGACGGGCUCAUGCAGCCGUUCCUAGAGCUGCCAGUCCUGGGGAAGAUGCAAAGGCGACCGGCUGUUUUGGACAAGAAAUUGGCAAAUGAACUGAAACAGUUGCGGUAUGAAGAUGAUCCGUUCACCGCAACCGUCGGCAAAACCAUGUGCACUUAUGACUUCUAUGAGGGCCAGGGAAGACUGGACGGGGCCUUCUGCGACUACAAUGAAACAGACAAGCUAAAUUUCCUGAAGCAAAUACACGCACAGAACGUCGUCAACAUGGAAAUGGAAUCGCUCUGUUUUGCCGCCCUGUGCCAUCACGCUGGGAUCAAAGGUGCUGUGGUGUGUGUAACUCUGCUGAAUCGUCUGCAUGGUGAUCAGGUCGACACCCCAAAGGAAACACUAAACAAGUGGCAAGAAUAUCCUCAGGUGUUGGUUGCUCGCUACAUCAAAAAGCAGCUCGGCCUUCCCGUCAACAUCCCCCAGCGAAACCACCCACAGGUUUAAAACAGGAUGUGAGGAGAAAAAAAAAUGCUUGGUACCCAAAGCCAGGAUCAUAUUAUUGGAGAUGUCAAAGGCACAUCAGUUUCUCAAGGAAUCACGUGAUACCUGGUAUUGAUAUCUCGCUUGGUAGCUCUUAGCUCUUCAGACCACAGGUUGCUAUUUGGAUAUCAUCAUCUGCAUAUCAAUGACAGCAAACUAUAAAGUACUCAGAUUCUCUUUUCAACUACAUUCUCUUUGUGAACUUCUCAGGACAAGCACUUAUUCUUUUUAUAUUCCACAUCCCUUGUAGGUAGCUUAUGAUAUCUGCAAUAAGUUGUGCAUGCUAAAUGCUAAAUUAUGAAUCCCAAAAUAGACAACACAGUAGUUUUGAGAAGUACGAAAUCAAGUUUUUUUGAAGUGGCUUCAAAUUCAAAAUGUGACAUGAUGCUUCCAUGUGGUCAACAUACGUAUCUCAGUGAGCGUACAGUUUGUCUUGAAAAGGCAGUACUUAAAGUUCACACUUGUACAGAUCUCAUUGAUGGGCAGAGUCCGAAAAAAUGAUAUGAGGAUUAUAAAUCUCUCAUUUGUUAAGCUAUUUGUUUAGCCUCUCCUCUUUUCUUUUUCCUUCCUUUUGCUCUCUUUUCUUUAGAAAGUAUUCUCAAUUCAAGUUUUACAAGCUAAUAGUAGUGCUUCUGAUUUUACAAAUAAUGCACAGGCAACUGUAUUACCACCUAGUAUGUGAGGUUUGUCAAAUGAAUGUUUUAUGCACAGACUGUGAUAGUAAAAUGCUAAACUAGGAAAAUCACAAACUCCCUUAAAAUCAAUGCAUUUUCUGAUGGCCAGAUUGCUCAGUAAACCAUUAAAAAUAGUUUACAUACUGGUAUCAGUAAAUAAUUUAAAAUUGAUCUCCUUGCAAUUUAAUUAUUUAAUCUCACCUAACAAAGUCUGUUUUCAAGGUAAUUUGCCAUAUAAUCUGUAUAACUAUCUUUACAAAAUAAUAUCCAGUAAUUAUAAUCUAUUUCAUGACAUAACAAGCAAUUUAUUCUGUGAUCGACAAGUAUGAUAUUUCUAGCGAGGAUGCUGUUUUAAGAAUAAUGACACAAUUCAGUAUAAAGACAGUGCCUAGGAUAAACUAAUGAAUCCUCUGCUUGUAUUAUGUAUAGUGUGUAUACAGCCAGUACGUGUGAUCAUUUGUAUAUAGCUUAAUAUAAGUUUUGUGAGUUUCUGUACUAUACAAUUUUUAUAAGAGAAUCCAACACACACACACACAAAAAAAGGUUCCAGUCAUUCCACACUUUAUAGUAUGUUCUAUUUUUUUUUUUUUUUUUUUAGUUCUUGGCCCUUCUGAAAUUUGUGAUUUCUUUUUCUACUUUAUUUUAAAGGUCGAUUAUUUUUUGUGAUAUCAAGAAAGUUGUUCUUUUGUUUAAAUCACAACUAUAUAAACUUUUUUUUUUUUUUGCAUGUCCUUCAAUAUAUAUGCCCAUGAGUGCAAACUUUUUAUGUAAUUGUUCUAGUCUGGUGAUAUAUUUUAUUUUUAAUAAAGAUUCUUGGUUCAA